CCGCUUGGUUUGUUUGCGAACUGCGCCCGUUUCGCCGCGGCCGAGCCCGCCCGGACCGCGCUCGCCGCUCGUCACGUGGCUGCCCUCGGGAGCGGCAGUGGGAGGCAGUGGAGCUGGCCUCGGCAGCGGGAGAGGCUGGACUUCCCGUGUCUCUGUGCUGAAUGGCUGCGAUGGCGCCCGCUCUCACUGACGCAGCAGCCGAAGCUCACCACAUCCGAUUCAAGCUGGCUCCCCCGUCCUCCACCUUGUCGCCUGGCACUGCCGAGAGCAACGGCAACGCCAGCAACAUCCUCCUGGCUGCCAACGGCACCAAAAGGAAAGCCAUUGCUCCGGAGGAUCCCAGUCUAGAUUUCCGAAACAACCCCACGAAGGAAGAGCUGGGCAAGCUGCAGCCGCUAGUGGCCUCUUAUCUCUGCUCGGAUGUAACAUCUGUCUCUUCAAAAGAGCCUCUGAAGCUGCAAGGAGUCUUCAACAAGCAGACAGUCCUUAAAUCUCACUCUCUCUUAUCUCAGUCCUUUUUGAAAACAAGUGAUCUGUUGGGGAGGCAACCAGUGUUGGAAUUCACUUUGGAGAAUCUAAAAACAAUGAGUACUAGUAGCCAGCCACCUCUCCCACAAGCGCCUGUGAAUGGCUUGGCCAAGAAACUGGCCAAAAGUACCAAUUCAGACCAUGAAAACUCUAGUUCUCUGAAUGGUGGGAAGUGUGCUCCUCCUUCUGCUGCCCUCCAGGCUGUUGACUAUAAUACAGGAGGUUCCGAACUGGGGGACUUGAAGAGCGGGUUGACCAAUUGCACUCUUCCACACAGAAGCCUUGAUGCAGAGCACACAGCUCCCUUUAGCAAUAACAGCACUGCAAAUAAAUCUUCCCUUAAUUCCGCAGAGCAGCAGUGGGUGCUCGAGGGCAGCAGUGGGGAGGCGCGGGUGCCCGGUGUUGCGAGUCGCUCCGACUUCGGGAGCAGUAAGCUGGAGGAGCAGAAACCUUCCCUGCUGGCCGGUCACCACAGCGCUCUGGACUCCGAGAUGAGGACGAGGGCCCUGCUGCGGCGGCAGGCAGACAUCGAGAGCCGAGCCCGGCGGCUGCAGAAGCGCUUGCAGGUGGUGCAGGCGAAGCAGGUGGAGAGACACAUCCAGCAGCAGCUGGGCGGCUUCUUGGAGAAAACGCUGAGCAAGCUUCCAGCUUUGGACCCCCUGAGGCAUCGGAGCCAGUUGAUGCUGACCAGAAAAGCCGAAGCAGCCUUGAGGAAAGCUGCGAGCGAGACAGUUACUUCAGAAGGCCUGAGCAACUUCCUGAAGAGCGAUUCAAUAUCAGAGGAGCUGGAGAGAUUCACAGCCAGUGGCAUGGCCAACCUGCGGUCCAGCGAGCGCGCCUUCGACUCGGAUGUCACGGACAGCAGCUCGGGGGGAGAGUCGGAUGUUGAAGAAGAGGAACUGACCAAAGCAGACCCAGAACAACCCCACGUACCACUGAGGCGGAGGGCAGAGUGGAGGUGGGCAGCGGACCGUGCCGCCAUCGUCAGCCGCUGGAACUGGCUCCAAGCCCACGUCUCGGACCUGGAGUACCGGAUCCGGCAGCAGACGGACAUCUACAAGCAGAUCAGAGCCAACAAGGGGCUGAUAGUUCUCGGGGAGGCAUCGCCCCCUGAGCCUGCAGUAGAUGAUCCAUCCCGUCCUGUUGGAGCUGAGGUGAAGCUGGAGCCUGGGGCCGAGCGGCUGAGUGUGUCUGGAUCUCAGCCCCUGGAAAACAUGGGUAUUCCUGCUGCAAAUACUCCUGAAUCCCAUCCCACCAAGCCCUGUGGAGCACCCAGACCCGUCAAUGGAGUUAUUAACACUCUGCAGCCUGGCCUGGCAGAACACGCUCAGGGAGAGGGCCAGGAGGCCGAGGAGCUCCUGCACAAGAGGCAGCGCCUGUCCCUGGUCCCCGCGGACGGGACGUGUGUGGCCGCUCGCACCCGCCCCGUGCUCAGCUGCAAGAAGCGGCGGCUCGUCCGACCCAGCACCAUCAUGCCCCUUUCCAAAAAGGCGCUCCGUGCCAGCCUGGCGCGCUGCAGCUGCGACGUCAACCCCUCGUGUGCCCUGUGCGGCGCCCGCAGCUCCUCCACGCUGGACAUCCAGUACGAUGCCCCUCUGCUGGAGCGCCUCUCCCAGCUGGACUCCUGCAUCCAUCCUGUCCUGUCAUUCCCAGACGAUGUGCCGACGAGCCUGCACUUCCAGAGCAUGUUGAAAUCCCAGUGGCAGAACAAACCCUACGAGAAAACUAAACCUCCCAAAAAGCUGUCUCUGAAGCACAGAGCCCCCGUGCCCCCCAGCCUGGCCGACCCCGCGCGCAAGGACCGCCACAAGCUGGUCAACUCCUUCUUCACCGCGGCCAAGCGCUCCCAUCAAAAAGCCCAAGCAGACAAGGCACACAGGCCGCCUUUAGACGAUUUUUCGGCCGUGUCCAAGGCCGAGAGAGCGCCAGAGCGCUCUGCCCAGCCUCCUGCCUUUGACAAAAAGCGAUUGCGAGACUGCUCAUCUGAGAGGAGUGAAGUGUUGAAGCAUCACACGGACGUCGGUGGCCCGAGCUACCUGUCAGCAGCUGUGACCCCCACCCCUCACAGCCCCAUAGCUCGGCAGCUCUCCACCUCCUCCGAGGGCUCAGCUCCUGCCAGCUCCUCUUCCCAGGGCACCUCUGGCACUGCUCAGCCGAGGAGGAGGCGGGGCGAGAGCUCCUUUGACAUAAACAACAUCGUCAUCCCCAUGUCCGUGGCUGCCACGACCCGCGUGGAGAAGCUGCAGUACAAGGAGAUCCUCACCCCCAGCUGGCGUGAAGUUGAUAUCAGUGCUCUGAAAGCCAACCCUGAGGAGGACAAUGAGGAGGUUGAGGACUUGUCGGAUUCGGCGUUCGCUGCUCGGCACGGGAAGUGUGAGGAGAUGGAGCGAGCGCGGUGGCUCUGGAGCACGAGCGUCCCCCCGCAGCGCCGGGGCAGCAGGUCCUACAGAUCAACAGACGGACGGACGACCCCCCAGCUGGGGAACCCCUCGACUCCCCAGCCGGCAUCCCCUGAGGUGGGCAACUACCACUCGCACUUGGAGCUGUCCCACACCCACUCACCACGCAGCCCCAUCAGCCCCGAACUGCUCUGUGCCCCCCUGACGCCCCUGUCCCGGGACUCUCUGCGGCUCCUGUCCAGCGAGGACACGCGUUGCUCCACGCCCGAGGCCGGCCCGGACGAGCAGGCCGUGCAGCCCUGGGAGCGCCGCACCUUCCCGCUCUCCUACGACCCCCGGACGGAGUGCGAGGACCAGCCCGACGCCCAGGACCGGCUGUCGCGCUGCACCCGCCGCACCUCGGGCAGCAAAUCCUCCCGGGAAUGCGACGGCGCUUCGGCUUCGCCCGGCCUGGCCAGCCUCAAGAGCCGAAACCCGCUGGCCCCCCCUUCCUCCUCCUCUUCUUCCUCUUCCUCCUCCUCUUCCUCCUCCUCCUCCUCCUCCUCCUCCUGCUCCGCAGUCCUGCGGCCAGCGCACAGAUAGAGACACACGGGGAGACAUGAGCAAACCAACACACAGAACUAACUCUUGGCAUUAAAGCUUCCAAAAUCUGCGUUUGAUAUUCAAACAUCCUGCCGGGAAUUUUCACAGUUUUUAGUGAAUUUAAGGAGUUUAGAAACUGUUUUUUGUUUUCUUUUUUUUUUUUUUUCCUUUGUUUUCU